CAGCCCCGUUUGCACCCUCCGCUCAGGGGCGUCUGUCGUCUCUCUUGCUCUCCCUCCCCCCCCACACCGGCUGCCAGGCGCUUGAAGCGGCGCUCCUUUCCUCCGGAGGCCCAGUCGGGAUUUUUUGCGGCUCUUGCGGGCGGAAGAGGCCGGGCUGAAGCGCUUCCUUGCUAAACCUGUCUCCCAAUUGCUGCACCAGCAUCCCCGAGAAAGGAGGGUUUCUCCAGGUCCCAUCCCAGCCUUGGCAUUAAGAAGCGACGAUGGCAGGAGAACACAGAAACCCAGCCGGCUUGGAUCUCCAGCUGGAUGCCGAUGUGGAAGAUGGGAUGAAAGUUGAGGUCCGCGAAGAAGCCGAGCCCGAGAAGGAAGUGGCAGAAAAGCCUCUGAGGACCCCCUCGGAGAGAGCCAAAGAAUCCGUGGAGAAAGUAACGGCGGAAGCCAUUAAGCGAGAGCCAGAGGCUGAUCUAGAAGACUGUUGCUUGGAAGUGGAAGAAGAGAAAUUUAUAAUGGGCAAACAGUCCCCGACUUCCGAGCCGGGCAAUGAGCAGCUGCUGAAGGCAGAAGGAAGCGUCCAUUCGGAGGCCGAACUCUCUUCCCUGGAGGAAACCGCUGACCUUGGGCCGCAUCGCCGGCGGAACAGGAUCAUCCAGCCCCUUUUGCACAUUAGCGAAGGAACCCGGCCGUUGGUCAACAGCGCCUGCGCGAAAGACAAAACUGAGUUCAUAGAGGUGGGGGAGGAGGGCCUGGAGGUGACCGGCGCCAGCCUGGACAUUGAACGGCAAUGUUUCAGGCAGUUCUGCUACCAGGACGCCGAGGGUCCCCGCGAAGUCUGCGGCAUGCUCUGGAAGCUCUGCCAUCGCUGGCUGCAACCGGAGCGGCGUUCCAAAAGCCAGAUCCUGGAGCUGGUGAUCUUGGAGCAGUUCCUGUCCAUUUUGCCCGAAGAAAUGCAGAAUUGGGUCAGAGCCGGGCAUCCGGAGACUUGCUUUCAAGCCGUUAGCUUGGCUGAGGAUUUCCUGGGACGUCAGCAAGGGACGGAGCGGCGGGAACGGCAGGGUCUCUGGCCCUUCAAAGAGGCAACUGUGGAUUUCCAUGGGUCUGCGGGGCCACCGAUGGAGUCGAGCGAAUGGUCGAUGUUCAGGGAGAGCAAAGAGGAGGAUGUCCCUUUACUGGCUUCGGUGGAGAAUCCGUACACCUGCUGGGACUGCGGAGAGAGCUUUUCGGGGAUAGACGUGCUGGUGGCCCACCAGAGCAUCCACACGGGAGAGAAACCCUUCAUUUGCUCCAAAUGCGGGCAGAGCUUCAGCCAGCGCUCGCAACUGACCGCCCACGAAAAAAGCCAUGUGCCAAAGAAGGCUUUCCCUUGCCCGGACUGCGAACAGAGCUUUAACAAAAAAAGUGGGCUCUUGGCUCAUCAGAGGACACAUACGGGAGAGAAGCCGUAUCAUUGUGUAGACUGCGGACAGAGUUUCGCCCACAAGUUCGACGUGAUCCGACACCAGCGUAUCCACACGGGAGAGAAACCGCAUGAGUGCCCCGUCUGUGGGAAGAGCUUUCGAAACACCUCCGCUUACCACGUCCACAUGAGGAUCCACACGGAAGAGAAGCCCUACCCUUGCUCGGUUUGCGGGAAGAGCUUCCGGCACCGGGCCAACGUCAUUGUCCACGAGAGGAUCCACACGGGAGAAAAACCGUACGUUUGCGUGGAAUGCGGAAAGAGCUUUGGCGACGCGUCUUCUCUUAGGAAGCACAGAAGAUCCCACACCGGAGAGAGGCCGUACCACUGCGGGGAGUGCGGGAAAAGUUUUUCUCAGAACGCCGGGCUGGUUCAACACGAGAAAAUCCAUACGGGAGAAAAACCCUACCAGUGCCCCGAAUGUCCUAAAAGUUUCCGGGACAAAUCGGCUUUUGUUGCGCACCAGAGGACCCACACGAAGGAGACUCCCUACCGUUGCAUGGUCUGCGGCAAAUGCUUCGGCCAUCGCUCCAACCUUCACAAGCAUGAAAAAAUCCACGCCCGGAGACAAAUGGUCUGAGUACUGGUGGGAAGCGCUUUGUUCCGAAACCAAAACUCCUCGUGCAUGAAAAGACUUUUCGAAGGAGAAGGCAUAACGCUCCUCUCUCACCUUGAUAGUUUCUGUUUUUUCCACCAGGUACGCGUCGUACCUUCUCUGUUACUUCCCGGGGCUGCAUCACUUAACGGACAGCUGGAAUUACACAGCGAUGUGUAUUUGGAGAAGUAGACCGAUCGUAUGAAGGGUGAAUAGGACUGAUUGUCUCUAUAGCCAUCGUGGCUUUUUAUUUCCUUUUCUCUUUCUUAACUCUUCGAUUUUAUUUUUUUUUAAAUGGAUUAUAUUUUAAGUGAGUUGAUUUAACGAAGAGCACGACUCGUUUUGAUUGCAUGUUCGCUAUAACCAGUUCAAUGUGAACAUUUUGGCUAGCUCUGGUUCCAACCAAGGUUUGUCCCGACAACGGUCGCAUCAGUGUAAGAGAAACUGCUGGGGGCUCCUGCUCGUUUUGAUUUCCCCCCCUGCCGAGCUAUGCAGGGUAUGGAUUUGGGGCCUGGCGUUUUGGGACGGGGAAUGAGGUAUGGACAUUGAAGGGAGCAGGUUUGUGGUCGUGGGAUGGAAUUGAGUUUGGUUCCAUCCUAAAGCGCUGUCCCCUAUCAGGAAAAUGGUACCAGUCCAGCAUGGAUGUAUCUGGCAGUUGCUGCAGUUGGCUGUGGUCCAAAGGCAGCCAUAAACUUGGCAUCAUGAGAAGGCCUGUUGGAAGCGCCACAUCGAGGCCUACCAGAGCAAGCCUGUCAGCCACCUUUGGUUUCUCGCCUCGGCGAGGAUGAGUGAGCCGCCUCUCUUUCGGGAGGCUUCAACCAGCACGUUUCUUGCCAGCUUCUGAUUGGUGGGGGUUUCCCCCCUGCCUUUCAGCCCUCCUCCUCCUCCUCCUCCUCCUCCCCCCCUCCAUUCCCCCUUUACCUCAAAGUAAUAGCAGGUAUUUUUAUCUUUCUUUCUCUCGUCUUUGGCUUAACGCACAUGGAGAUCCAUGCUGUCGGACGCAAGUUAAUGGACCUUGGCUUAUAGUGAUUCCAUAUAGGCAUUGUAGAAGCUACUUUAUUUAAUCGUUCUUUUUAUACCGCACCCUGCUUUAUUUCUCUUCAAAAUCUCUCUUUCGUCCAAAUUUAAUAAA